AUGGACGAGAUGGCGACUGAUCUCACAGAGGGUUUGCAAAUGAAAGAAUCGCGAAUGGUGAGCAUUGCCAACGGGAGCUCCGGGUCAUUCAAUAAAAAUAAUUGUAGUAGGGACGUGGAGUACACCGAACGAAGACAAUCACUGUUUCUCUAUCUCUCUUUCUCUCGUUCGGAAAGACUGAUCAAACCAUACGCGCGUACAGGUACGAACAAACGGAAACGGACAAUCUCGUUGGAUGGAAGGAAGGGUGGAGCGAAGGAUAAAAGAGAGACAGUGGGCGAAGAAUCGGAGGAAAGAAUCGAGGAAGAAGGACGACAAAGGGAAUUUGGAGCGAAGGCAGAGAGAGGGAAAGGCAGAGAAAGAGAAGAAAGCGUGGGUAGGGAAAGAGAGAGAAUCCGUUGGGAUCCCCAGCCUCCUGGCGUAAUUCUACUGGAUGACAAGACGGGGGUUAGAGGACAGGCAGCGAGUGUGGGUGAACUGGCCGCCCCUGCCACGGUAAAAGGCAGCACUGGAGGAGAAGGAGACGGAGGGGAUGCUGGGGGCCAAAGUGAAGGGUUCGCCGAAGAAAGAUUAGCAGACCAGACCAAGACUUUCUUGCAUCAUCAACAUCUCAAAAUCACGGCUACGAUAACGGCUGUCGCGUUAUCGUUGACAGCUGACACGACGAUGGUAAUCACGAAAUCGGUAAUACCAGUUUUGGAGGGACGCGAAAUCCCCUUUGGAUGCUCGGAGAAUUACCAGGAAGAACCACAAAGAUAUAUUCAUUUGCAGAAUACACAGCGAACGAACCUAUUCGCUACUCAUCGCUUCCCUGAAAGCCAAAUUGUCGGUGGCAAAGAUGCAUCGAACGGACAGUUUCCCUACCAAGUGUCUCUGAGAAAGUCUGGAAGCCAUUUCUGCGGUGGAUCUAUCCUCGACGCACGUACUAUCCUCACUGCAGCUCACUGUGUUAGUGGUUUGACCAACUUGAACUCCGUUAGCGUACACGCUGGAACAAAUAGACUGGACCAACAAGGACAGUCUUACGGAGUUAGCAAGAUCGUUUCGCAUAAAAAUUAUAACUCGCUCCUACUCGUUAACGAUGUGGCUUUGAUUCUUGUGAGCAGCAAUAUUGCGUUCAACAACUUAGUCCAACCAGUCAAAUUGGCAACUGGUAGCAAGACUUACGAAGGAUCAUCCUGCGUUCUCUCCGGUUGGGGAACUACCAGAGUUGGAGGAAACCCACCAAACAACUUGCAAUACAUUAACUUGGUCAUCGAAACUCAGGCAAAAUGCAAGCAGGCCCACAACAGAGUCCAGAAUUCUCACAUCUGCACAUACACCAAAGUAGGAGAAGGUGCAUGCCACGGUGACUCUGGCGGUCCACUUGUCGUUAAUAGCCUGCAAGUUGGUAUCGUUUCCUUUGGGCAACCUUGCGCCGUCGGGAAACCCGACGUUUACACCAGAGUGACAUCCUUCGUAUCUUGGAUCGAUUCCAACAAAGCCUAUCUUUUGAAUGAAACUCAAGAACAACCAGAAGACUCAAUUUACAUUGUUUAAAUUCAAUUUAAUUCCAAUGUUUCCGUAAUAAAAAGUCAUAUUAAUUAGCAAUAAAAUGUGCGUAUUUUAUUUUUCUACAUACCCGAAGACUCUUUCAGAUACCUAAUGGAUCAGACGACAUAACUGUCCUGAGA